GUUAGGUCGCAGUUAUCUUAUGGGUAUGUCUCUGCAUCUAGAUUAUAACAUCAUAACGGUUAUCUCGAAUACAAUUUGUUACUUUUCUUGGAGUUUUAUGCCCAGCCAUCGAUCUUAACUGCUCAAAUAUCUAUGAAGAGAAUGGAAGGCCUAAGGAAGGUAGCGGCGUCAACCUUCAGCGCAACACAAAAGUUUCUAGAUCACAGACCGUCAUUUCAGUUUGACACAAUUGAGAUAGCCCUCCCUGCCCAGCUACCGAAUGACACAGAAUUUCAUCACGCCAAGUUAACGGAGUCUAAUUUGGGCCAGUGGGCCACAAGCAACAUAUGCGCCGGAAUUAAGGAAAGUCGAGCUUCGUUAAAACUGGUCCGUAUUCAACGCGACCUCAAUGCAGCUCUCUAUGUCUCUGCAGGUGGCUUCCAUGACUUAUUUACCUCCAUGAAGGCCGAUACCACGGCACUGCACCUUAUAUGCCACGACAAAGACGGCUAUUAUGAGUUUCUUGAUAAUAGUGCCGGGUUUUUAUCCACUCGUUUUUUGGGUACCUCAAUAUUCGCGAUCGUCUGGACGUAUGACCCUAGUACAGCAUGCAUAGUCGGCGUAUUCGUCGAUCGCCUACUAGAUAGCUUUUUCGACCUGGGCCAUAUACUACGCGUGUACGGUGAAUGCGUCGCAACCCCAUAUGUGUUAUGCAUUGCUGUCGUGGUACAUCAAAUACAGUGGCAGGAUAUAUCAACCGCGGCGGGGUUAGCAAACCUUAGAACAGUAGAGGGCCGCACAGGCUUUGGUCCUCACGGUAACGCGAUUGAGAACCCACUGCAGCAACGCGAAGGCAUAUUCAGCAUUGAUGAUCUAGCGAUAUGGACACAGCGUGUUGGUGAGGUCGCAGGCAAUAUUAAGAACAAAAUGAGACUCCAGCGUAUAGCUCAGCAAAUGCUCGAGACAAUGCUACAAGCUCACAAGGGCGGAGAGAUGGUGGAAGUUCCAGAAGGAUCAAUGAGAGCUAAUUACAGGACGAGUUUACACACUCUUCGCGAAAGAGUUCCAAUUCUUGAACGACAAAUGGCAACAGACUCUGAAUACUUAUCUUAUUUGCAGUACCGCGCCGAGAAGCUGUCUGGGGUGCUAUUUGCAUUCCUUACGCACGAGGAUGCUGUUGCUAGCGCCAACCUGGCAGCCGCAAGUAAACGCGAUAGCUCUUCCAUGAAGACCAUUGCUAUUAUGACCAUGGCAUUCCUUCCGGCUACCUUUUUUGCAGCUCUCUUCGCAAUCCCGUCUCUCCAAUGGGACAAGUCCGAUGUUGUACAAAGCAAAUUUUGGAUAUAUUGGGCAUUCACCUUACCAGUAACGAUUCUCAUACUUGGUAUUUGGUUGACUGUUGUUAACCGGAGCUGGAUUUAUGAUCGAUUGGUUCGAAACCGUAACACGGAUACCUAAUCAUAAAAAGGCCGUGUAGGUUCGUACAGAUAUCCAACUGGUUCUAAACGAUUUCUCCUUUUUAGAUCUAGAUUCUAUUUCUUCACCUGUUAGGUUACGUAAAAAGAGUACCCGGUAGUACUCUAGUCAAUAUCUUCCAUCUCGCCCUAUGGAUGGAUCAAAAAAAGAGUAAUAAAUUAAUAGAAAAUGGCGACCGUCAGCCGUCAGCUGAUUGUUAUGUUAUCUAUUGAAGGAGAUAAAAAGGUUGUGAUCUGGUUGCGAAAUCCUCAUUCAACGUACCUAAGCAUUAUGGUUACAUGUCCAUGCAUCAUGGCAGACCCCUUUGAACAUGAAAUAAUAUUAUAUAAAGUGCCAACUCUUG